GUGCGCUCUUGGCGGCGCGGCCGAGCUGUGAGGGCGGCGCUCUAGGCUCCCGCUUCGUUUUCCUCCACGUGGGAACUCGGGAUGGCGGCGGAAGCGACUGACGAGGUGGUGCGUGGGGAUGUUCAGCGGCUGCUAGUCCAGUUCCAGGAUGAGGGCGGACAGCUAUUGGGCUCGCCCUUCGACGUGCCCGUGGACAUCACCCCGGACAAACUCCAGCUCGUCUGUAAUGCGCUGUUAAAUAAGGAGGACCCCCUACCCUUGGCCUUUUAUGUCCACGACUCAGAGAUCAUCACCUCACUGGAAAAGACGCUUGAAUCCAAGUCGGUGGAGACUGAGAAAGUGCUUGACAUCAUUUACCAGCCACAAGCAGUGUUCCGGGUCCGAGCCAUCACCCGCUGUACUAGCUCCCUUGAAGGUCACACCGAGGCUGUCAUCUCUGUGGCCUUCAGCCCUACGGGAAAGUAUCUGGCCAGUGGCUCUGGAGACACCACCGUGCGCUUCUGGGAUCUCAACACAGAAACUCCCCACUUCACAUCCAGGGGUCACAGACAUUGGGUCCUCAGCAUCGCCUGGUCUCCAGAUGGCAAGAAACUGGCCUCAGGCUGUAAGAAUGGCCAAAUCCUCCUGUGGGACCCAAACACGGGGAAGCAGUUGGGCAGGGCCCUUGCCGGACAUAGCAGGUGGAUCACGGGGCUGAGCUGGGAGCCGUUGCACAAGAACCCCGAGUGCCGCUACGUGGCCAGCAGCUCCAAGGACGGCAGCGUCCGGGUCUGGGACACCACCGUUGGCCGGUGCGACCGCAUCCUCACCGGACACACGCAGUCGGUCACCUGCAUCAGAUGGGGAGGGGACGGCCUUCUCUACUCGGCCUCCCAAGACCGAACUAUCAAAGUCUGGCGGGCUCACGACGGGGUGCUCUGCAGGACACUACAGGGACACGCCCACUGGGUGAACACCAUGGCCCUCAGCACUGAUUAUGUCCUUCGAACGGGUGCCUUUGAGCCGGCAGAGGCCUCAGUUAAUGCCCAGGACGUCCAAGGCUCCUUGCAGGAGCUGAAGGAGAGAGCGCUGGGCCGUUACAACCAAAUUAGGGGUCUGUGGCCAGAGAGGUUGGUCUCGGGUUCUGAUGACUUUACGCUGUUCCUGUGGUCCCCUUCAGAGGACAAGAAGCCCCUACAGCGGAUGAUGGGGCACCAGGCCCUCAUCAAUCAGGUGCUUUUUUCCCCUGACGCUCGCAUCAUCGCUAGUGCCUCCUUUGACAAGUCUGUCAAGUUGUGGGAAGGCAAGACCGGCAAGUAUCUGGCCUCCCUUCGAGGCCAUGUGGCAGCUGUGUACCAGAUCGCCUGGUCCGCAGACAGCCGGCUCCUGGUGAGUGGCAGCAGCGACAGCACCCUCAAGGUGUGGGACGUGAAGACACGGAAGCUGUCCGUGGACCUGCCCGGUCAUGCUGAUGAGGUGUUUGCCGUAGACUGGAGUCCGGACGGCCAGCGGGUAGCUAGCGGCGGGAAGGACAAAUGUCUACGCAUAUGGAGGAGGUGAGAUCCAGGGAACCUUCCUAUCCCUUCCCCUCUCACCCUGCAAAUCCACAGGUCCAUGUCUAGCCACUUCUGGCUCUCUUGGGGGCUGCGGGCAGGCCUGCUUGUCGGGGUGCAGGACAGGCAUUCUACAGUCAGCCAUGGUCCUGGGACCAAAAGAUGGUCCAUGCCACCCUUGGAGACGUAUGAUACAGACGGAGACAGGCCCAGCAUGGCACGUGACCAAGGGUGCCGACCUUGGACCCCGAGCUGCUGGAGCUGGGGGAAAGCAGCGUGGCAGGUCUCCCACCUGUGGCUUUGUAUUCCUUUCCAAAUGUCAGCAUCCUGCGGAGUGGGGGCCGCCUCUCUCUUUGCCAAAUAAAUAAGUUAU